AUGAACGGCGCGCGCAUUCCCCCCCACAAGUUCAUGUUUCUUUGCAGACACUCGGUGGCGCCGCUGUCGCGCCAGGCCAACACAAGAUCCAUGUCUUCCUUCCUCCGUAAUCCGUCUCGGCGUGCUUCACGAGCGUCUGUCAUGUCAACGGCUAGUCUCGCAAUUGGUCUCGCUGGGGUCGGUUUCCUCUGGCACACCAACACGGUGCAUGCGGACUCAAUACGAUACCCGUCGAAAUCACCGGCCGCCGGUGCCGAUGCGUCGAAAUUCGAAUAUUUACGACAAGCAGCUGCAUCACAUUUUGUAUACGACGAUCCUGGUGUCCAACGGUUUGAUUCUAUAGUCGUACCCAGUAACUUUCCAGCCGAGGACUUUAUCUCCUCAGCGUUUGUCCAUCUCGAUACUCACACCUGGUCGUUAUUUUCUAUAUUCGACGGACACAACGGACCUCUCACUAGUUCAUGGCUAUCUGACAACCUCAUCCCUGCCAUCGUCGGUGGGUUGGCUGAUCUGUUCUCCAAGCAACCUCCUCUGUUUGACGAAGCUGAACACACGUCGCUUGAUAGUGAAACAAGCCUUCGAUUGGCACCUCCCCCGCAUAAAGAUAUCGAUCGCGCUCUUAAAGAUGCUUUCCUCCGUGUGGACAACGACAUUGUCGAAUGGGCGGUGGAGCGGGCCUUCGCAUCCCCUUCAAAAGCAGACGCGGUCAAUCUCCUCCUCCCCGCCCAGUCAGGAUCCUGCGCAAUCGUCAGCUUCUUCGACUCCGAGAGCAAGAAGCUUCGCGUGGCGGUCACCGGCGACUCCCGUGCCAUUCUUGGUCGCCGUGUCGACGGCAAUAUCUAUGAAGUCCAUGUGCUCUCUCUCGAUCAGAACGCCCAUAAUCCGGCUGAGGACGAGCGAAUGAGCAAGGAACACCCUGGCGAGACGAUCAUGGAAAACGGGCGUGUGCUCGGCUGGGGUAUGUCGCGUGCCUUUGGAGACGCGACAUACAAAUGGAGCCUUGAAAUACAGAAGCGACUGCAUGAAGAAUACCUUGGCGACAGAAUACCCAGUAAAGUCAAAACACCGCCAUACUUUACCGCGGAGCCAGAAAUUACGACGACAGAUGUUCGGCCUGGCGAUUUCCUCGUUAUGGGUUCUGAUGGACUGUGGGAUUGCUUGACUAAUGAGGAGGUCGUUGGGCUAGUUGGGCUGUGGAGAGACACACACGACAUGAUGCCUAAGGAAACUAUCAGCAGCCCUUCGGAAGGAACUAGUUCACAUCACCAUAUGAUCACUUCCGACUUUACUGUCGACGCACCGUACGACAAAGAUAAAUUGGUGGACCGCGAAUCUCUUCCGGUUGUGCUAAAGGAGGACAAGACAGUGAUGUAUCCUUGGUGGCGCGCAACGAAAAAGUUCGUGAAUGUGGAUGCCAACGUCGCUGCGCACCUGGCUAGGAAUGCACUGGGAGGUGCUGAUCAUGAUCUUACCUUGGGGCUGUUAACCAUGACGCCGCCUAGAUCUAGGCGGUAUAGGGACGACUUGAGCGCAGUUGUAGUUUUCUUCAAGGACGAUUUAGACCGCUCAAGGCCUGAGGAAUGA